AAUCAUUUUUAGCAUGCACGCCCGACUAGAAUCUCUGCUAGUCUACCUACAUUCGGUUUUGCGAAAACGCAUUAUUGGGAAAUAGGGACAAGGUAGCGCAUGGGCAGCCAGUGGGGAAUUAUCCCAUAUCGCAUCACAUGCCUGACAUUGCGUCCUUAUAUUAACGAAACGUUGCAUUUGAUCAUAUUUUGUGAAUUAACAAUAGCCUAACAGUCAUUUUCGAAUUCUGGUAACCUUGGCAAUCAGGUCGCAUUAGAUGUGUAUUUUUAUAGCUCUCCGUUGCAAGAUCGUGGAAACGAUAUGGGUUUCGGCUCCCAUGAAUAUUGGCCAAUUCCUGCAAAAAUUGCCACCGGCGCAGUGUAUUUACAUCCUUAACGUUUUCGGCAUGUAGGAUGGUAUGAGGGAACGACCUGGCAAGCCAAUGGGAAGAUAUGCAUAUUUUAACACACGCUUGUCGAGAUGGAGACAUCAAUGAGAUGACCUGGGAACUCAAAAUCAGACCAAAUUCACUAGACGACUAAGGACCUUAUUCCAACUGUGUGCAGCAACACUUCAUUCAAACGCUACUUCACCGAGAAGGGCAAUCUCAUUGCUGAGCCAAUGUAGAAACUGCACCUUCAGGAUUGCAUGACUUCUUUCCUUGCCUGGAUUUCAGCACACAGUCAGAUCUACCAGGACAGAGUAUGCCAUCUGCAUCUUUCCACAGAAUUCUACGACCAUUUCUACUUGGCACCUUUCUACUGGGCUGUUUUGUGACUCUGGUUUUGAUGUACUUCAAACCGUCAACUAGCUGGCUAUCAGGUCCUGUAGAGUCAACCGCAUCCACUAUCCAAGUUAAAAAUCUCUUCUCUACCAAGGGUGACAAAAACCUUACCACUGUACUCGUCUGGCUCUGGCCCUUUGGACAGACCUAUGACCUGGGUGUCUGCAGCUCUCUGUUCAACAUCGAGGGCUGUUUCAUCACAGCAGAUCGGAACCUAUAUAAUAAGUCAGAUGGGGUCGUCAUACAUCACAGGGAUAUCUGUACUGAUCUCUCCAACCUGCCCCCCCUUCAGCGUCCCUCCUUCCAAAAGUGGAUAUGGAUGAACCUAGAGUCACCAUCCCACUCCUCUCAGCUGCCUGGUAUUGAAAACUUGUUCAAUUUAACUUUGAACUAUCGUCAGGAUGCUGAUAUCGAAGUGCCUUAUGGGUCGAUUGUGACGGCCCAAGGGGACGAGGAUUUCGUGCCACCGAGCAAAAGCAAGUUGAUCUGCUGGAUUGUCAGCAACUGGAACCAGGAUCACGUGCGAGUGAAGUACUACAAUGAGCUCUAUAAACAUAUUGAAGUUCACGCUUAUGGACAAGCCUUUGGAGAGUACAUUGCAGAUCAAGAAUACUUUCCUACCAUCGCCAGUUGUAAAUUCUACUUGGCGUUUGAGAACUCAAUUCACAAAGACUACAUCACAGAGAAACUGUAUAACCCACUCUCUGUAGGGACGGUGCCUGUGGUUUUAGGUCCACCAAGACAGAACUACGAGAACUUUGUCCAGGGGGAAGCCUUUAUCCAUGUGGAUGACUUCACCUCACCCAAAGAGCUGGCUGAUUAUCUCCUGCUCUUGGACAGGAAUGAGGAAAUGUAUCUCAGAUACUUUGAGUGGCGACGGCACUUUAAAGUGAAAAAGGCAUACUUCUGGGCUGAACACACAUGCCUCGCUUGUGAUCAUCUCAAAAGGCACAAGGAGUACAAGGCAUUCAAUAACCUUGAUAAAUGGUUUUGGGGUGGAAUGCCUUGAAGGGCCAUGAAAUUGUUGUUUUGCAGUUGGAGGCAUUGCUUUAAAAUAUAUUCAGUCAUGAUGUAUUUGACAUUGUCAUUGACAAUGUUCCAACAUGUUUUUCUCACUGGUUAUAGGGGCCCAAAUAAGCCAUUCUGUUUUUUAUUUUGAUGCCAGACAGAUUUGCUCAGCCUUAAUUUGUCUCUUGCAUUUCAAUUCAAUCAUGAUUUAUGUUGUCAUUUGCAAUGCAUUUAAUAUUUGUUUCAUAAAAUCUCACUUUUAUACAUGACCAAAAGUAUGUGGACACCUGCUCGUCGAACAUCUCAUUCCAAAAUCAUGG